AUGGCGGCACCACAGAUCAAGCACGACCUCAACCGCUCCGGCUGGGAGUCGACCGACUUUCCAUCCGUCUGUGAAAACUGUCUUCCCGAAAACCCCUACGUGCAAAUGAUCAAGGAAGACCACGGCGCAGAAUGCAAGAUUUGUACGCGACCCUUUACCAUCUUCCGCUGGAAAGCCGACCGUACCUCGCGCCAGAAGCGCACCAACAUUUGCCUGACCUGCGCGCGCCUGAAGAACUGCUGCCAAUGCUGCAUGCUGGAUCUGUCUUUCGGCUUGCCGAUCGUGGUCCGUGAUGCCGCUUUGAAGAUGGUGGCGCCUGGUCCCGAGAGCUCUAUCAACCGCGAAUACUAUGCGCAGAACCACGAGAAGGAAAUCGAAGAGGGACUCGGUGCGAUCGAGGAAUACGAGAAGACCGACGACAAGGCGCGCGAGCUGCUCCGGCGUUUGGCCAACAGCGAACCCUACUACCGGAAGCCACGACGGAUUGAGGGACCGUCGGAGGGAGAUGAGGCGGAAGAGUCUAGCUCGAAGGACCAGCCGCGCACACAUAGUCGGUAUGGAAAUGGGCCGGGACCUACGCGCACGAGUGAGGGUCGGUUGGGCAAUCGGUUACCCGGACGUGGCGGACGCGGUGGUGCUCGCGGCGGACGUGCUUUCCCCGGCACUGCACAACUCCCGCCGUCGGCCGCAGACAUCAGGCCUCCUUCCGACCCCAAUAUUACAUCUCUCUUCGUGACCGGCGUGGAGGACGAUCUGCCGGAACACGCCUUGCGAUCGUUCUUCUCAGAGUUUGGCCAGCUUCGCUCGCUCGUCUGCUCGCACCGCUCCCACUGCGCCUUCGUCAACUACGUCAACCGCGCCGAAGCCGAGGCCGCUGCAGAGAAGUGUCAAGGCAAGGCCAUUAUCCAAGGAUGCCCGUUACGCGUGCGCUGGGGUAAGCCUAAGCCUCUUGAUAACCUUGAUCGCGAGGAGCGAAUCCAAAAUGCUCGUGAGGGCAGAGCCGCCGUCGGCGCCCCGGCCAAGGGCCAGUCCGAUAGGAAGGCCAUUACGGCUGCUGGUGACGCUACCACCCAGGAGAAGGCCCAGAGCUACGCUGUGGCGCCACCACCAGGAUCCAGCGAUGUCCAGUACGCCAGUAUGAACGGCGAUUAA